CUCCUUCAGUUUUCAACAUGCACAGAAUAAAAGUAUUCCCAAGGGUAUCUAACAGAUGUGUGAUAUCAUGGCAUUCUACUCUCAGUAGCUGAGAAAACGACCUCAAAAUCGAAGGAAACCAACCAUAUGGGAUAUGUCUUGGUAUCUGGAGUUCCGUUAAUCAGCUUGUUCGAAAAGGGUAGACACACCUGGGAAGCAUGGAUGGUAUCAACAACACCGAGAAAGUACACCCAAAGAGUGACUACUACUCUGGCUGGCAAAUACACCAGCUUUCUGGAUUCCUACAUGACGUUGAUGAAAGCUCUGCAAUAUGCCGCGAUGGCUUGCUAGCGGGAGCUCAACCUGGCUCUUGUGGAAGCUUCUCAACCCCCACUAAGAACCCUUGACGACUUCGUCAGACUUUGCCUACUACGAGACAGCUUGGCAGACAGUAUGAACUGUAGAUGUUAUUCUCAUUUUAGGCGGGUUCGGCACAAGAGGAAAAGAGAGCAUGAUAUAAGCUAUCGAAUAGGCCAGGCAGAACAAAGUCCUUUGUGUAGUGGAUCUGCCUUGGUAUGCAGAUCGCCGUCAUCGAGUUUUCUCGCAACUUAUGCAACCUCCCAAACGCGAUUUCAGUGGAUUUUGAUGAAAGACCUCUCGACCCGGUUGUCGUUUACAUGCCCGAGCUUGAUCGCAAGAAUAUGGCAGGCGAUAUGCGCCUUGGCGGCCGGACUACGCACUUUCAGAAUGGCAGUGACUGGAGUAAAGCAUAUGCUUUGUGUGCUGCCCAAUGCUCUGGUUAUACACAGACACUACCACCACCACCGCUACGAAGUAAACCCGG